AAAGUUAUGAAGAAAAUCAAGAUAUGGGAAAACCAUGGUCAUGUUUCAAGAUUUGAUUUUCCUUUUCUGUUUGAUUACCCUAUCUGAAUUCCCAUAACUUGAAUGUAAAUUUGCAUGUAUACAAAUGUACGUAUACCCAAGUCAUCUCUUAGGAGAAGUUUAAUGUAUAAAUAGAAAUUUUUUCUCUAAUCAAAAAAAAAAAAUAAUAUUGAAAUCUGCCUUUUCUCAUCUCUCCACAUCCAAAACUAUCACCAGGUACUGUAAUUAUACUUCCUAAAACUCUCUAGAGUCUUCUCUCUGGCCCCAUUGCCAUCACUCUGAAUGAGGCAUUCUUUACCAUUUGGGUUAAAUCAGCAGGCGCUCUUCCUUUAUUCUCUUCGUCAUAUCUACCUCCCCACUGAAGUCAUCCAUCUGUGUGGGGUUUUUUUUUCCCCCUGCCUGAAUCCCUUCAUUGGCUUUUAUCAAAUCCAACUUCCUUAUGAUGGCAAAGAGGGCCCUGCCUCCAUGAGCUGGUCUUUGCUUACUUUUCCUGCUUCAGUUGCUGCCACUUUCCCAGAUACCCUAGGAUCCAACUUACCAGUAAUUCUCCGGUAACCCCCCCACACCCCCGUAGAGCCAAAAUACAUAUGCACCUUUAUCCAAACACAUAUCUUUGAAAAUAUAAUUCCCUCCACCACAUCCUUCUUUGUCACAUUCCAAGACGUGCAGUGAUCUAAACACAAAUUUCAGCCCCUAAUUAGGGCUGAACACAGUUGACUUGAAUACAACUUAAAUUGCUAGUUUGUUAGUAUAGGUAUCUUACUAUGAUACAUGUGUACUUGAACUCUGAUGCACUCCCCAGUUCCUGCCUCAGAACUAAAGAAUUUAUUUUCCAGCUGCUGGAAGUCCUGCAAUAGCCCUCUUCAGGAAUUGUCUUGUCCCCAACUCAGGACAACUGUGAAGGGGCUUUCCUGGUUUCCCAUGGGGUCAGCUGAGGCUCUGAGACUGCAUCAGUGCCUAACUUCUCCCUCUGUUCUGUCUCUUCCUUUUUGUGGGUCCUUUCUCAAGAACACUCCCUAACACUCCUAAAAGCAAUCUCUGUCUGCUUGCUGGGGAGACCAACCUGUAACAUGUUUGUCUUAUUGACACUUUCUUUUCUGUUCUAGAUCUUGUGAAAUUAUGGUUUGCUAAAGUCUUACUAAUUCAAGGUCAUUUCAUCAGACAUGUAUCGAGCACCUGAUCCAUGCCAGGCCUUGUCCCACAUGCGAUGGCAACAAAUUAAGACUUGACCUAUGUCCUGAAGUUUACAGUCCAAUUGAGUCCAGAUUCAAAUUGUUAAUUAUCCCAAAGAAGAUGAGCUUUAAGAAGAGUCCUAGACCUUCACAUUUGUAACUCAAACUAAAAAUUGUAUGAAGCAAGCCACAGAAGAGCUCAGAACUUUACUCACUUGAUUAAAAUACCACAGUGAAGGGGGAACCACUUCUGACUUUUAAGGGGAAAGCAUGGGUACGCUCAAGUUACCAGUAAAGGUGUGGCUUCUGGCUCUCCAGAAGUGAGCCUUACUCUGGAGAGCUCAUUCCUCGAGGUGCCUUUCAGAAGAGACUUGUGUGUCCGGAGUCCAGGGAUCAUGGAUUUCCUUGGGCUCCUUUGUGAAGUACAUCGACUUGUUGCUUGGUCUUCACGGUGCUUAAGUUUUAACGAUGUUCUUUGGAGCCAUCAAUCCUGCGCAGGCUUCCGGCGGAGAGGCCCGGAGGUGGGGCAAACGGGGGCCGCUCCGGGGAACUGGAUCCGCAGAGACUCCGCCCCCCACCUCCCCCACGUGACCCAGGAAGCGGGGCCACCCGGCUGGGGCGUCGCUGGAAGGGCAUGCUCCGCGCGCGGCCCCCUCCCCCCCGCCCCGCACGGGCCGCCGGGACUCCGGGACGUCACUUCCGGCGUGGCUGGGCGUGGGCUGUUGGGAGUUGGUGGGGGCGGCGGAAGCUCAAGGCCGCCCUGCGGCGGUGGGGGGAACCCGGGUGGUGUCCGCCCCAACGCUCGACGCCCCUGGACGUCAUGGCUUCCCCUCUGAAGCUGGAGCAGGACGUGCAGGGGAAAGUGGAUUCGUUUCGCGCCCGCAUCGCGCAGGAGGCCGAGGAUCUGGUGUCCACCUUCUUCCCUCAGAAGCUGUCAGAGCUGGAUAGUCGGGUCCAGGAGCUCCGCCUGCAAGACCUGUCCAGAAUCCGUUCGGUGGCCGCCCUGGAGCCCCGCGCCGUGCCCGACACCGCGGGGGACGGGCCCAAGCGGGACCUGUCGCCUCUGCAGGCCCAGUCCGCGGUCACAGUGCCAGCACUGCCAGGGGGCGAGGGACAGCUGCUGCGGAGCAACCAGCAUCUGGUGGAGCUGAUUGAGCGGGUAAAACCCGAGAUCGAGCUGCUGAGAGAGAAAUGCAACACGGUGCGGAUGUGGGUGCAGCUGCUCAUCCCGAAGGUGGAGGACGGCAACAACUUCGGAGUGUCCAUCCAGGAGGACACCGUGGACCAGCUGUGGACCGUGGAGAGCACCGCAGCCUCCUAUCUGCGCCGCUUCUCCACCUACUACAACACCAGGGCCAAGCUGGUGUCUAAGAUAGUGAAGUACCCCCAGGUGGAAGAUUAUCGCCGCACGGUAGCCGAGGUAGACGAAAACGAGUAUCUGAGUGUGCGCCAGAUCCUGCUGCACGUUCGGAACCAGUAUGCCACCUUGCACGACGUAAUCCUCAAAAACAUCGAGAAGAUCAAAACCCCUCGCAGCACCAACACUGACAACCUCUACUGAGGACCUUUCUCCACCCCUCUCUCCUUCAGGAGGUGGCCGAGCUGUUUAGGCAGCCAGAAGGGGUUAUUAAUGACUCGACAGGUGCCGAAGCGACUGGAAAUGUGCAUUAUGUUUAGUGACAAUUUCAUACAGCUUUAUUCUCACACUGAAUACUUUUAGUGUAGCUGUUAUUUGCUUUUUCU